AUGGCAAAGAUACCACAGUCUCAGUCAGAUGCAAACAUCACAGCUCUGCAUCUGGAAUCGCUGACUAUAAUUUCUUCUGUCGGCUGCGGCAUCUCCAUGUUUUUUAUGGCAGUCACUUUGUUCAUGCAUUUCCUGCUACGGAAAGCAGAAUCAAAUCAGGCCACGAAGAUCCUGAUGAAUAUGUUUGCGGCUUUGUUUUUACUGAAUGGCUCGUUUUUGUCAAACGAGAGCGUCGCUAACACAGGAGACAACGCUGCGUGUGUCUUCAUAGCGCUGCUCCUGCAUUACUCCAUGCUGGCCUCAUUCACCUGGUUCUUCAUUCAAGCUCUUCAUAUGUACUUAUGGCUCAUCAGACAGAACGUCUCCAUCACAAACUACAUGAGGAAGAUCACCGUGUUGGGCUGGGUGUGUCCGGCUCCAAUAGUCGUAGUUAUCGUUUCUGUAGGAGGAUAUGAAACGAUGAUCCUGAACGCAACGUCUGGAAAAAUUACACGAAUGUGCUGGAUUACAAACUCUUACAUUCACUACAUAGUGAACAUCGGCUACUAUGCUUUAGUUUUCAUCUUCACGACAGGAAUCUUCAUCAUGAUCGUCACUAAGAUUAUUCAGUCCAGAAUCAUAAAAGCGACUGAAGACAAGAGAAAGACGUUCAGAAAGCAUCUGAUGAUGGUGUUGAGUUUGUUCCUGCUCUUCGGUCUGACGUGGUCUGUGGCGUUCUUCAGUUAUGGACCGAUGCUCAUUCCCUCAUAUUACAUAUUCACUGUGCUGAACUCGUUUCAGGGGUUUUUUCUCUUCCUGUAUUACUACAACAUACACAAAGACAUUGCGGGUAAUUUCUCAGAUGAUCCAGAAAGCACAGAAUCCAUUGUUUAAUUUAGUGUUUAUGCUUUGGAAAACAAUAAUGUUAAUGUAAAGUUGUGCAUAAUUAGGACAGAAGGCUUCUUUGUCUCAGACUUUCUUAGACUGAUUUCUUAAACUGAUCUGUACAGUUUUUGUUCAGUGGGAAAC